GACGCACGUACAGUACGUGGACAAAAUGGCGACUGACUGGUCUCUUGAAAUGCUACUCUGAAGACUGCACUGUUGGGUUGAAGUUUACCGGCUGUUAGGAUAAUGAUAUGCGAAAUGACAGUUGGCAAUUAACAUUCUAGGAACAAUAUAAUGCAUUUCAAGUCUUCCCAGAAGGACGUUACCAAUACAUUUCGGGACCGCAUCAACUUCUUGUAGCUUACUGCUUAAAUCACCUUGUACGAGGUGUGUUGAAGACCUGCAAGUGGAUGCUGUAUGUGAAUCUGACCAGGCAAUGGCCCAGGGUAAAUCUGCCUGCUCGGAAUCAUCCACGUGUGUUCUAGCAGCUGGUUCCGAUGGUCAGCAAGAUCCCAUACAGCCUGUCGAAGGCGAUGGCACAGGAUUGAGUCUGAAAGGACAUGUCCGCAACAACUACACAGACAACAACAGCUCAUCAGGGAUUGCAAGGGUGGCAAUGGAUGUCAAACACAAAUGUGAAGCCUAUGUGCUGGCUCUACGUCCUUGGAGUUUUAGUGCUUCCCUAACACCAGUUGCCCUGGGCAGUGCCUUGGCUUAUAAACUUGAAGGUCAAGUGGACCUGCUGGUGUUGUUGGUGUGUGCGGUGGCUGUACUAGUCGUGCAUGGUGCUGGGAAUUUGGUUAAUACCUACUAUGACUUCUCCAAGGGCAUUGACCACAAGAAGAGUGAUGAUCGCACACUGGUGGACCAGAUCCUUGAGCCACAAGAUGUGGUUAUGUUCGGAGCAGUCCUGUACUCAGUUGGCUGUCUUUGUGCCACAUUGCUCUUCUUUCUCUCCACCCUUAGACUGGAACACCUGGCACUCAUUUAUUUUGGUGGCCUCUCAAGCUCUUUUCUGUACACAGGAGGAAUUGGUUUCAAAUAUGUGGCCCUGGGUGAUGUCGUUAUCCUCAUUACAUUUGGCCCUCUUGCUGUGAUGUUUGCACAUGCUGUGCAGGUUGGAUAUCUUUCAGUAUUGCCUCUGGUCUAUGCCGUGCCACUUGCACUCAACACAGAAGCUAUCUUGCAUAGCAACAACACCCGAGACAUGGACUCUGACAAGCAAGCAGGCAUUGUCACAUUGGCCAUCCUGGUGGGGCCUACAUUAUCUUAUGUGCUUUAUAAUCUUUUGCUUUUUGUCCCUUAUGUACUCUUCUGUAUCCUGGCCACACACUACACCAUUAGCAUGGCGUUGCCCUUGCUUACCCUGCCUAUGGCCUUCCCCCUAGAGCGGCAGUUCCGCAGCCAGUGUUAUUCCAAAAUACCCCAAAAGACUGCGAAACUCAACCUGCUCAUGGGGCUGUUUUAUGUUUUCGGAAUAAUCUUAGCACCACAAGGCAGCUUACCAUUACUGUGAAAAUAUUUUAGAGAUGUUGCUAUUUGUUUUCAUGUAAAAAUGCUUCUCAUUGUUUUGUAUUUAUGUAUUUGUGUUCCCUACAGAUUCCAAAAGUAAGUUACUGCAAUAAUAUUGGAAAAAUGAUUUAUCAAAAAGACUUGCAGGCUCACACAUUCAAGUUUGGUUUUUGUAUGUCUAUGAGGGUGCUGUCAGGAGGUCUUCUUUGUAAUUUUUCACUACCUCUGAUUUCUAAGUAUAAACUGAAAAACAACCCUUAAAUAAAGAAACAAGGCCAUUGUA